GGGAAGCUGGGGGGCUGGGGCCCGGGGGGCUGGGGGGCUGGGGCCCGGGGGGGCUGGGGACCGGGGGGGCUGGAGGUCCACGGGGCCGGGAGCCAAGGCCUGAGCUCCUUGUCGCCCCUUCUGCUCCCAGCUGCUCCCCCCUGAGGCCGGCCCUUCCCUGGACACAACAGCCCGGGCCCGAUGCCUCCCUGCUGGCCCCCAAGGCGAAGGCCCCCGAGGGCCCGGGGUCCCCCCUGGCCUCCGUGGCCAGCUUGGCCUGCACGGUGGCGCGGACGUCCGAAGAGAAGUACAGUCUCCUCAACUACAGGGACAAGCUCCUGAGGCAAGCCCAGGUCAAGAGGACAGACCUGGAGCAGGCCAAGCCGCUGGUGGGGACGUGCCCCGACAUGUGUCCCGAGAAGGAGCGCUACAUGAGAGAGAGCCGGAAGCAGCUGAGCAUCUUCGAGACCCUCCCGGGCUCAGACAAGGUGGACCACGGGGCGGCCAUCAAGGAGUACAGCCGGUCUUCGGCGGACCAGGAGGAGCCGCUGGCGCACGAGCUGCGGCCAUCGCGGGUCCUGAGCAUGACCAUGGACUACCUGGUGACGCACAUCAUGGACCGGGCGGAGGGCACGUGCCGGGAGUGGUACGACUUCGUGUGGAACCGGACGCGCGGCCUCCGCAAGGACAUCACGCAGCAGCACCUGUGCGACCCGCUGACCGUGUCGCUGAUCGAGAAGUGCGCGCGCUUCCACAUCCACUGCGCGCACCAGCUGUGCGAGGAGCCCGCCGCCUCCUUCGACGCCGAGAUCAACGGCGAGAACAUGAGCAAGUGCCUGCAGAGCGUGAAGGAGAUGCACCAGGACCUGGCCGGCUCGGGCCGCCCCUGCGCCCGGGAGGCCGAGUUCAGGAGCUACGACGUCCUGCUCCACCUGCGCCAGGGAGACAUCCUGCGAGAGGUGCAACAGUUCCAGGCCGCGGUCCGGACCUCUCCGGAGAUCACAUUUGCUACCCAAGCUUUGUCUGCGCUCAACAGCAACAACUUUGUGAAGUUCUUCAAGCUGGUGCGGGCGGCUCCUUACCUGGAGGCCUGCAUUCUGCACAGUUACUUUGGUCAGGUGCGCCGGGAUGCUCUCAGGGCCCUCAGCAUGGCGUACACCGCAAGCUCGCAGAGGCCCACGUUCUUUCCCCUCUACGAUCUGGUCCGCAUGCUCCUCUUCCGGGACUGUGCCGAGGCGGAGGACUUCGUGAGCUUCUACGGCCUUCACGUGUCUGAUGGUUGGGUGGAACUGAACCGCACGGCCUUCCGAGAGUCCGAACGGGUGUGCAAGCCCACAAGGUCAGCGCUGAUUAGGCAGAAGCGGUCUGUGUCUGUGGGAGAAGUCAUCAACGGCGGCCCUUUGCCCUCCUUUGUGCGGCACGUCCCCGUGGGCAGCUUCAAUGCAGAGAGCGUGUACGUAGGGGAGAGUCUCCAGCCCAGGGCGGCCUGCAGGACCCAGAAGCCUGCCCAGGACCUGGCAACUGCUCCUGCCCAAGGAAAGAGUGCCAGAAGUAUGGGAACCUCGGUACCCCCAGUGCACCCUGAGAGGAUGCCCGCUCUGCCACCCUUGUGCCCCCAGUCUGCUCCCACACCUCAGCCCCAGCCUCGGCCUGAGCCCCCGGGGGCCCUGCACCCAUUGGGGAUGUCGCCUCAUUCUUCCGGAGCUCCGGCGCCAGCCCCAUCGCCCUUCCGCGUUGUGCAGACCGUCCUUCCGAUUCAGAGAAAUGGCGCGGCUUUCUCUGAGAGGGACGCGGGCGGCGCGCUGCCAGAGAGGGACGGCGUCGUUCGGGAGGAGAGCCGGGCCACGCGCGGGGCCGAGGCGGCUUCCCGCGGGCCGGCCUUCGGGUCCGCCGCCGAGGCCCGGCGCGUCCCGGAGGAGCUCUGCGCCAGCCUGCUGGCGCUCUUUGUGGAGGAGGAGAUCUCGGGCGCCGCGCAGGACGUCUUCCGCGAGUUCCGCUGCUUCCACAAGUGUCUCUGGCAAUGGAAGAAGAUGGUUCUGGCCCAGAAGAAGUGGAAGCGCCACGUGCGCGCCUUCCCCCCCGCCCCGUGCUACGUGGACCAGGCGGAGCGGCUGAAGGCCCUGCUGCCCAGCGCUGAGUGUCCCGCGACCAGGGAGAGCCUGAGCAGGGGCGUCCUGAACCUCGGCCACGCGGGCCGCCUGGGCAUCUCGUGCACUCGACUAAACUGGAUCAGAACCGAGAUGAUCCACCAGAUGAAGGUCCAGUAUUUCUACCAGAACUUACUCAGCAAGGCUGUGUGGUCCCCGCUGGACUGGCCGUCACUGCUGUCCGAGCACCUUUCUUUCCAGCACGGGCCCGUGUUUUGGAAGCUCGUUCUGGUUUUGCCCAGGGACCAGGGAGACAGGCUGGACGAGCCGGGCAGGACCCUGGCAGAGUGGGUGAAAGUUAAAUUCACGGGCAGCGAAGGGACGACGUCUGACCGUGCCCCGAACAAAGUCCAGACUCUCUCCGUGUUCAGCUUUCCCAGCAAGGAGGGCAACUGCAGGUCCCGCAUCCACGGCUCCGUCCAGGUGGUAGAUGGUCCUCUCAGUGAUGAAGAGUUUGAGAUGGCGAAGUCCCAGAAGGUUUUCUUUGGGACCAGCGGCCUCGUUCUCCUCUUACCAUGCAGAGGGAGGAAUGCAGGGGGGGCACAAAGCCAGCCUGCGUCCUGGCUCUCCGUGUGGCUGCAGCUGCGAAGGCUGCUUCUGUCUAGACCAGUCUCCCCGCUGAUCCCACUUCUGGUACUUGUUCCCUUUCAAGGAGAAGAAAUCCCAGAGAGAGAGGUGGAGGAAGGUCUCCGGCUUCCCGAUUUCAUUGCCCGAGGACUGAUUUCUGAGUACAUGAUCGUCGAGAUUCCUGGGUUCCUGAGCAGCCUGGUGUGCAACCACCAGCUCUCCAGGGCAGUGAGGUGGCUGGUGUCCUGCGCCCCCCGCAACCCUGGCCUGUGCUGCCAGACGCUGGCCCAGUUUGUGGAGGACGGCAUCCAGCGAGAGUUCUACGAGCGCUUCUGCCACGACCAGAAGGAGAGGCGGCUGGCCAGGCUGCCUCCCCAAGAGCCGGGCGCCGUCGUGGCCCUGUACAACAGCGUCCUGGCCUUCCUGGCCGCGCUCAUCUCAGCGGAGCGGCUGAGCCAGCUGUCUUGGCCGGACCCCGAGUUUGCCAGGGCCGGGGGCAGCCAGCUGCUCCCCCACCUCCAGUGGAACGAGCCGGCCCACCUGGCCUGGCUGAAGGCCGCCGUGCUGUCCUUCCAGAUCCCGCCCAUCGCCCUCCCGCCUUUGGAUGCCCCCUGGAGCGCCGCCUGCAGCGGGGUUUUCCAGUACGCGGCCCAGAUCCCCAGCUGCGGCCAGGCCUGGUACAUCCUGCAGUCUGAGCUGGACAGCCUGCUGCACCGCUCCCUCCAGUCUGCGGGCAGGAAGCCGCGCCCCGCCUCGGACAUCCCCUGGGACGGCGUCCUCUCGCUGUGCAUCAACCACAGGCUGAGGGACUGGGCGCCCGCGGAGCUGCCGGCUGUGUCAGGAGCUGUGAGCAACGACGGCCAGAUGAACGUCUACUUUUAUAAGGAUCACUUACGUGACUUCGUCUGCCCGGUGUCAUGGGAACAAGCCAGACUCCGGACGCAAAGGCAGAAAUCGGAACGGUCAGCCAGAGAACGGCUUCCAUCUUGGAGGAGAAACAUUGUGCAGGUGCCUCCGCCGGGCCCAGAGAGCGAGGCUGCCGCGGGCAGCGCCUGCUCUGCGGAUCCCUGGGAGGCCGCCCCUUCGGGGCAGAAAGGCCUCCCGGAGCACCUCUUAACCAGGAUCCAGACGGAGAAGGAAGAAAGCAAGAAGUUUGAGGACCGGCUGUGCUGCUGGCUGAGCGAGAAGGACCCCAGCCGCUGGGCGCCCUCCCGGCCUCCCCCGCUCAGCACCAUGUCCCAGUCGAUCGCCUCGGUGAUGCGGUUCUCGGCGCUGGCCACCAUGCAGCAGGCCGCGAGGAUGGAAGCCGUCCCCUGUGGGGAGAAGGCGGACCCCUCCCUGUCAAAAAGACUGAGACACCUGGAAGAACUCAUUCAGACCACCAAGAAGGAAGAUGAGGUUUAUAAGUUCCACCUGGCGACCCUGAGGGACUUGGGAGAACUCUGAGUUCAGCCCGGCCCAAGAACAAACAGCAGCCUGAUGGCUUUGGAGAGGUCUUUCGCGCCGCGCCCCCCCCCCCCCCCCCCCCCAGCUGCUCUUGUUGUCCAGGUUUGUAGCUGAGGCAGCCCUGCUCCUGCCCAGUGUCAGCGCGGCCGGGAGGCUGGGCCCAGGUACAAAACAAUAAAGCCAAGCUCACAAGC